CGUAAAAGAGAAAGGAAGUAUUUAGUUCAGUCCGAGGUUUCAUUGGAAGACAAACUCGAAGAUAUUUUAGCGCAGUUUUUAUCUUCAAGUCGGAGUCUCUUUCUUUUAUUAUUGUUUGCCACUCUCAAAGGAGAAAUCUCAACACUUUGAAAAUGUCUUCCUUUAACAAAGGUCCGGCUUAUGGGUUAUCCGCAGAAGUGAAAAACAAGAUUGCACAGAAGUACGACCCUCAGAAGGAAGAGGAGCUCAGGAUCUGGAUCGAAGACAUCACCGGCAGUUCCAUCGGCCCCGACUUCCAGAAAGGCCUGAAAAACGGAGUCCUCCUGUGCGAACUUAUUAACAGGCUGCAGCCAGGCUCUGUGAGAAAGAUCAACCAGUCAGCACUGAACUGGCACCAGCUGGAGAACCUGACAAACUUCAUCAAAGCUCUCACAGUGUACGGCUUGAAGCCCCAUGAUAUCUUCGAGGCCAAUGAUCUGUUUGAGAAUGGCAACAUGACGCAGGUCCAGACGACUCUGCUCGCCCUCGCCAGCAUGGCCAAGACCAAGGGCUGCCAGUCGCGGGUUGACAUUGGCGUGAAGUAUGCGGACAAGCAGCAGAGGAUGUUUGACGAUGAGAAGAUGAAGGCUGGACAGUGUGUCAUUGGCCUACAGAUGGGGACCAAUAAGUGUGCCAGUCAGGCAGGUAUGAGUGCAUAUGGCACCAGGAGACAUUUAUAUGAUCCCAAGGCUCCAGUCCAGGCCCCCAUGGACAACACCACCAUCAGUCUGCAGAUGGGAACAAACAAAGGGGCGAGUCAGGCUGGGAUGACGGCUCCAGGAACGAGGCGUGCCAUUUACGACCAGAAGCUGGGCACAGAGAAGUGUGACAACAGCACCAUGUCUCUACAGAUGGGAUACAGAGACGGGGCUAACCAGAGCGGGCAGAACUUUGGCUUGGGACGGCAGAUCUACGAUGCCAAGUACUGUCCCAAAGCCACUGAGAUUCCAGGUGAUGAAAAUGGAGCUGGUGUCGCCCGUGACUACAUCCCAGAUUACCAAGACGAGGGCUACCAAGGCUACCAGGAAGAGGAGCAGGUGUACCAAGAUGAUGGAACAGAUUAUUAAAAGAUUGGAGGGAGCUGAGGAAGGAAAAGCGUGAUUGUGUAAGGCUGGCAAGUUCUGCGAGACAGAAAGGUGGUUUAUCUUUUAUAUCAUUAGGAUGUUGCACUUUUUUUUUUUUUUCUUACUUUCUUUUGUAGGCCGUAUCCUCUUAGUAUUGUACGAAAAUGUCUUCUUACCCCUGUUUGUACAAAACCAUCUACACAUAUCAUCAUGAGCUGUAUUUCUGUAAUUUCUUUAUAUAUUUGAAGUGACCACAAAAGCCAAUCACUUGGCUUGGCUAGAUAUCCCAGGGAUUUCUGUCCAUGUGCCAAAGUUUUGUUUUGGUUUAUUUUUUGUGUUGGUGUUUUUUGUUUGUUUUUUUUUUGUUUUUGUUUUGUUUUUUGUUUUUGUCCUCCUGUGGCUUUGCUAACACAUUAGUUUCAUUGAGGGAUCCCAAGACUUUCUUUAAGGGCAACAUAAACUAAAAGUGAAACCUUAGGGAUUUUUUUUUCUUUCUUUCUUUCUUCUUCUUUUUUUUUUUUUUUUUUUUGUGCGUUAACAAUAAAUGGUUAUGAGAAAAUGCAUCUUUCCAUGAAAUCACCAGUGCUUAUGUUCCUGUAAUAGCUGUAUCAUCUGUGUUUUAAAAGGAAAAAAAAAUCCUGUGAAUGAGAAUGUAAACUUAUUUCGUGUUAGUUGUUACUUCAGUAUCUUCUUCAUCCUUUCAGUAUUGACACGCGGUAAUCGUCAGUUUUGGUUAUUCUGGCAGAUGAGGGAACAAAAUGGAUUUGUUAGAACAAACCAGUCUUCUUUAAAUUCUGCUAUUUCUCUCACUUCUUUAUUUCACUCUUUUUAACAGAGGAAAUAUUUCCUUUGUUUGCAUAACCAAUCUGACUGGAGAGAGGCUUGUUUUCUUUGGACAGUGGAGGAGUGGAUAAAAUGAUACUCAAGUGAAGUUUUGAACAUUCCAAUCAAGAAUACUGGAUUCUUCUUUGUUUUUCAGUGAACAAUGUUUCAGUGGCUCAUUAGAUAUUGGUUGAUAUGCAAACCAAUCAUAUAUUUGAUCAUGUAAGAUUAUUAUUUAUACAUGUUUGAUUUUUUUUUUUUUUUUUUGAAUGGAGGCUGUUUUGUACCUUGACAUUGAAUAAAAUUUGGUAUUGGA